CUCGGUCCCAUCGGUGCGCCUGGCGUUACGUCAAUCGGGCCUGGUCAGCGUCCUCCCUCACAGCAGCAACAAGCAAUUGGGCAAAUGAACGUUAUGAUGCAGCAGCAUCCGGGUGGUGCUACACGACCCGUUGGUGGUCCGGCUCGGCCCACGGGCAUUCUGCUCACUAGCCAGUCCGGUGGGCCCCUGGGACCCUCUGGACAGCAGCAGCAACCACAGCAACAGGCCGGCGCCCAAACUCUUGGUCAGAUGUCAGGCAUGAUGACCCGUCCUCGUCUCACUGCACUCACUAGCAAUGCUACAACUGUCUCUCUUACUCCACCUGGAGUUACGAUGGCAACUGGCCCUAAUGUAGCCAUGGCUCCGACCUCCUUGAAUCUCGGAGGUGGACCAAAUGGCGGAAGUGGUCACGCGAUGUCCCUUGUGGGUCUUACUGGUUCCAGUAGUCAAGCUCAGGGCAUCCCGGUGACUCUUUCUAGCCAGUCUAUUGGGCAUGGUCGGGUAAGUACAGGGACUUGA